AUGGCCGCCAACGAUAAAAAGGUUACUACGAUUACGACUGAAGAACGAAGCUCCGGAGAUUCUCUUGAUAUCAGAACACCACGCGCAGCACGCUUUGCCGAAGCAACAUCAGUACACUCGCCCGUUGACCCUCCCCGUUCACCCGUCGAGUACCCAACCAACCACUACAAGCCACAGCCCCAGAUUGCAGACACAGGCUUCGGCUUCAUGCAACAAUCAGUCGAAAUGGAGGAAACCGAUCGGAGAUAUCUCCCUCCACCAACGCCAAAGACUCCCCUCAAGAGUGCUUUGAAGUCGCCUGGCGCUCCACCACGGACACCAGCCGGCGCAAUGUCAAUCAUGAGCCCAACUUUUCGGGAAGAGCACCAGCUCGAGAAGCGCGAAGCAUUGACAGACAAGGAGCAGGCCAAGGAUCUAGUCCGAGUGCGACUGGCAAAAAUCUUCCUUAGAGGCAUCAACUUUGCCUGCUCGCUCAUCGUUCUUUCCAUGGUCGCAUCCGCUUUCGCCAUCUUCAACGCCACCAAGACUCUCGCACCCAGAAACGGUCUUCCAGCAUGGGCCGACAACACCAAAAUUUGGCCCCAGGUCCUUCUGCUCUCCAUCGCUUGCAUCUCACUGCUCAUGUCCAUCGUCGUCAUCAUGGCCUACUGGAGAGGAGGUCACCAUCGAGCUGAAAAGGUCGCCGCUUACUACACCGUCUUCGCUGUCGCUUUCUUCAUAUUUAGCAUCAUCAUGUGGGGUGUCGGUGCCGCCGUCUUCAAUCAAAGCAAAGCACAAAACAACAACAAAGACAUGUGGGGCUGGUCCUGUGUUGACAACAAGCGACGACAUCUGUUCGAGGACGACGUGGCCUACAGCCUCGUCUGCCGUCUUCAGAACUGGGCACUUGUAUGCUGCAUCAUCGAGAUUGUAGUCGAAGUUCUCGUCAUUGCCAUCUACGGCGUUGUCUUCUACCGCUUCUGGUCUAAGCGUAAGCUCCGAAAAUCAAUGGCUAUGCGCGACCGCGCCCGCUCCGACUUGUAUCUUGCUCAACUGCGUUCGCAAUCCGCCCCCAACACCCCUGGCUUCGGCCCCAUGUCUCCCCGUUCCGGCGGCUGGCGCCCACCUCCAGGCCACCCAAUGUACGUCGACCCGCACUCCGCGGCAGAAGCUGGCGAGAGCGACAAGGUCCAAUACGCAUAUGCACGCGAAAUCGCCCAGCCGCAACCCUUUACCCUCCAGGCGCCGCCUAUCAAGGUCACUGGGGCCACACCAAAGGUGGAACAAAAUGGGUUUGAUGCACCUCCGCGUGCCCAUACCGUGUCACCACCACUCGCUUCCCCAGGUUUCCAGGAGCGGAGAAACGAGCAUGUUGGCGCUGCACCAGGUGAACAACAGUACGCUGCGGUCCCCAUUCCUGGUGCUUACACACCGCUGGCGUCACCCUCGUACCCACCACCCCAGCAACAAUCCACAGGCUUCGACUUUGGUGCAUCAGUCACAGGUCAACGAUAA